GAGAGAAAUGUGUCUGGUCUAGGAGUUACAGGUGCCGACCCACGCGCGGUCUGUGCGCCCACGGCCUGCCUGCCCGGGUCCCCAGAGUCUCCUCCGCUCGACCCCUUCUUCUGAGGUCCCAACUGUGAACAGGGCGGCCAGAGCAGCAAAGGCUUCUGGAAUCUUCCACCCUGGGGCCUCCCCGCCCCCGCCCUGCACAGGGCUCUGACUUUCGGUAAAUGACAGCGGCUCAGGAAGCAGAGGGGCCGCACAGGAAGGAGCCGGGGACUUUCCUGUCACCGGUCCCCGCUCUGCCUGCCUCCCUGGGCGCGGGGCCCACAGGUUACACACAUGGUACCUCCAAGUGAAGAGACACCCCUGAUCCCUCAACGCUCCUGCAGCCUGUCAUCCUCAGAGGCAGGAGCCCUGCAUGUACUUCUCCCUCCUCGGGGCCCUGAGCCUCCCCAACGACUGUUCUUUUCCUUUGGGGACCACUUGGCCGAGGAUCUGUGUGUGCAGGCUGCCAAGGCCUGUGGCAUCCUGCCCGUGUAUCACUCACUGUUUGCUCUGGCCACUGAAGACUUGUCCUGCUGGUUCCCCCCGAGCCACAUCUUCUCCGUGGAGGACUCAGACACCCAAGUCUUGGUCUACAGGCUGCGCUUUUACUUCCCUGACUGGUUUGGCCUGGAGACCUGUCACCGCUUUGCUCUGCGAAAAGAUUUGGCAGGCGCCAUCCUUGACCUGCAUGCUUUAGAACACCUCUUCGCUCAGCACCGCAGUGACCUGGUGAGUGGCCGCCUUCCUAUGGGCCUCAGCCUCAACGAGCAAGGGGAGUGCCUGAGCCUGGCCGUGCUGGACCUGGCCCGGAUGGCUUGUGAGCAGGCCCAGCGGCCCAGGGAGCUGCUGAGGACUGUCAGCUACAAGUUCUGCCUGCCGCCCAGCCUGAGGGACCUCAUCCAGGGCUUGAGCUUCGUGACGCGGAGGCGCAUCCGCAGGACCGUGAGUCGCGCGUUGCGCCGCGUGGCCGCCUGCCAGGCGGACCGGCACUCGCUCAUGGCCAAGUACAUCAUAGACCUGGAGCGGUUAUACCCAGCGGCCGCCGCCGAGACCUUCCACGUGGGGCUCCCGGGGGCGGUGGGCGGCCAGGAUUCACCUGGGCUGCUGCGCGUAGCGGGAGGCAGCGGCAUCUCCUGGAGUCCCGGAGACCCAGAGCUUUUUCAGCCCUUCUGUGACUUUCCCGAAAUCGUGGACGUCAGCAUCACGCAAGCCCCGAGGGUGGGUCCGGUGGCGGAGCUCCGACUGGUCACGGUCACCAGGACAGACGGCCACAUCCUGGAAGCCGAGUUUCCGGGGCUACCACACGCGCUGUCCUUCGUGGCUCUUGUGGAUGGCUACUUCCGCCUGACCUGUGACCCCAGCCACUUCUUCCAUCGGGAGGUGGCUCCACCCCGGCUGCUGGAGGAGGUGGCAGAACUGUGCCAUGGCCCCAUCACGCUGGACUUUGCUGUCCACAAGCUCAAGGCGGCAGGCUCCGUGCCAGGCUCUUACGUUCUUCGCCGCAGCCCACAGGACUACGAUAGCUUUCUCCUCACAGUCUGUGUCCAGACUCCCCUUGGCCCAGAUUACAAGGGCUGCCUCAUCCGACGGGACCCCACAGGGACCUUCUCCCUGGUUGGCCUCAGCCAGCCCCACAGCAGUCUUCGAGAACUCCUGGCAGCCUGCUGGCAUGCUGGGCUACACAUAGAUGGCAUUGCCUUGAAUCUCACAUCCUGCUGCCCCCCCAGACCCAGAGAAAAGUCCAAUUUGGUUGUGAUCCGGAGGGGCUGCAGCCCAACUCCCACGUCCCCUGGCCGGGCCCCAGUUCACUGCAAACUGACACAGCUGACCUUCCACAAGAUCCCCCUGGACACCCUGGAGUGGGUGAGGGUCGCUACAAGGCAGGCGGCACACGGCGUGGGGCUGAGGUGGUUCUGCUGCUGCCUGUGUCUCCACUCGCCAGCUGUCUCCUCCCUACAGCAAGAGAACUUGGGCCAUGGGUCCUUCACCAAGAUCUACCGUGGCCGGCGGCAUGAGGCAGUGGACGGCGAGGCCCACGACUCAGAAGUCCUCCUGAAAGUGAUGGACGCCAGGCACCGAAACUAUAUGGAGUCCUUUCUGGAAGCUGCAAGUUUGAUGAGUCAAGUGUCCUACCCUCACCUCGUGUUGCUGCAUGGUGUCUGCAUGGCUGGAGACAGCACCAUGGUGCAGGAAUUUGUGCACCUGGGAGCGAUUGACACAUACCUACGUAAGCGAGGCCACCAGGUUUCGGCCAGUUGGAAGCUUCAGGUGACCAAGCAGCUGGCCUAUGCCCUCAACUACUUGGAGGACAAAGGCUUCCCACAUGGCAACGUCUCAGCCCGGAAGUUGCUCCUGGCACGAGAGGGAUCUGAUGGGAGUCCACCCUUCAUCAAGCUGAGUGACCCUGGUGUCAGUCCCACUGUGCUGAGCCUGGAAAUGCUCACAGACAGGAUCCCCUGGGUGGCCCCUGAGUGUCUUCAGGAGCCUCAGACACUUGGCUUGGAGGCUGACAAGUGGGGGUUUGGUGCUACGGUGUGGGAGGUGUUCAGUGGCAUACCCAUGCCUCUUGCUGCCCUGGAGCCUGCCAAGAAACUCAAGUUUUAUGAGGACCACCAGCAGCUGCCAGCCCCCAAGUGGUCUGAGCUGGCACUGCUCAUCCAGCAGUGCAUGGCAUAUGACCCUGGCCGACGGCCCUCCUUCCGUGCCAUCCUGAGAGAUCUCAACAGCCUUAUUACCUCAGAUUAUGAGCUUCUCUCAGACCUGACCCCUGGCACCCUGGCACCCCGAGACGGGCUGUGGAGUGGCACCCAGCUCUAUGCCUGCCAGGACCCCACCAUCUUCGAAGAAAGACACCUUAAGUACAUCUCGCAGCUGGGCAAGGGCAACUUUGGCAGCGUGGAGCUGUGUCGCUACGACCCUCUUGGGGACAACACAGGUGCCCUGGUGGCCGUGAAACAGUUGCAGCACAGCGGGCCAGACCAGCAGAGGGACUUCCAGCGGGAGAUCCAGAUUCUCAAGGCGCUGCACAACGACUUCAUCGUCAAGUACCGAGGCGUCAGCUACGGGCCGGGUCGGCAGAGCCUGCGGCUGGUGAUGGAGUACCUGCCGAGCGGCUGUCUGCGGGACUUCCUGCAGCGCCAUCGUGCGCGCCUGCACGCCGGCCGCCUGCUGUUGUUCGCCUGGCAGAUCUGCAAGGGCAUGGAGUACCUUGGCGCCUGCCGCUGCGUACACCGCGACCUGGCCGCUCGCAACAUCCUGGUGGAGAGCGAGGCGCACGUCAAGAUCGCCGACUUUGGACUCGCCAAGCUGCUGCCGCUAGGGAAGGACUACUACGUGGUCCGCGAGCCGGGACAGAGCCCCAUCUUCUGGUACGCCCCUGAGUCCCUGGCCGACAACGUCUUCUCCCGCCAGUCAGACGUGUGGAGCUUCGGCGUACUGCUAUAUGAACUCUUCACCUACAGUGACAAGAACUGCAGCCCCUCAGUUGAGUUCCUGCGCAUGAUGGGACCAGAGCGGGAAGGGGCUGCUCUGUGUCGCCUCCUAGAGCUGCUGGCCGAGGGCCGCCGCUUGCCGGCACCUCCCGCCUGCCCCGCCGAGGUUCACGAGCUCAUGAAGCUGUGCUGGGCACCCAGCCCCGAGGACAGGCCGGCCUUCAGUGCGCUGGGCCCACAGCUGGACACUCUGUGGCGUGGGAGCCGCGGGUAGCAGCCAGGGAGACGCAGGCAUACACACACACACACACACACACACACACACACACACACACACACAAACACACUCACGCCUCACUUUCUGUGGCCUGAUAGUAUGACCUCAGGCAGCAAGCUGCCCCACACUGAAGCUUCCUAAAGGCUCCUGAUUUUUCAAAGACCCCUCACCAGGCCAUGGUGUGGCUCAGCAGCCAGAGACCUUUGCAGCCAGUGAGGUUCAAGGCAGGUGGCUGAGCCCUGCCCAGCUCAGCACUUCCAACUUCCCCUGCUGUUGAACCUGAAUGAGGACACUACUGUCACUCUAAAUAUACCACCGUAGGCCUUGCUCAGCCUCCUCACCUGAUAGGAAGGCUUGACUGACAUUUUUUGCCUUCUGGAAAACUCUUACCCUCAGAACCCCCAGUGUCAUCCGCUGCCUGCUGUCCCACCCUGACUCUUGACCCCAGGUGUGGGACCCCAGCUGUGCCAAGCCCCACCUCACCUGCCCCGUUGGCUCCUUAGGGGCGCUGCUCAGCCUCAGCUUGCAGUUGGCACAGGUUGGGCUCUGGGAGUCUUUGCCAAAUGAUUAAAGAAGUUCUGUGGAAAA